GUGUUUUCUUUUUGCAGCAGCCUGGUUAAGAUGUUGUGCUCAUGCUAACUUCAUUGAGUUGGCGUAUCUAUGAUUUUCUAAUGGUCAUCAGCAGCUUGAGAUCAGUCAAUAUAGUAAGAACUUCAGCUUGCUUAAUACAUGGAUAGGGAGAGGUAGUAAAUUCAUUGGAUCAUAUGAUGAUUCAGGUUAGAAAAAGAUCAUGUCCUUCAUGUAAGGUGGUUAUCUGUAAUAGGAUGUCAUGACAUGGGAAUGGCAUGACUUGUGUCAGCAAAGAUUUAAGUUAGGUGCUGGGGAAAGGUUCUUCCCUCAGAGGGUGGUUGAGCACUGGAGCAGGCUCCCCAGGGAAGUGGUCACAGCACCAAGCCUGACAGAGUUCAAGAAGGGUUCAGACGAUACACUCAGACACGUGAGACAUGUUAGGGAUGUCCUGUGCAGGGCAGGAUUUGGACUUGAUUCCGUGGAUCUCUUCCAAUUUAGGAUAUUCUGUAUAAUCCAGCUGCUCGAAGAAGAGUAGACUGAGGUCAGACCAAGUGGAUCAGUGUGUUAUCCAGAUAUCUGUCUUUGCUUUUAAGCUGCACGGUUUCUUGGGAAUAUGUAUUUAGAUUUGUGUAGUUUUUGUUUUUAAGGUUAGAUUACUUGUUUUGGAGGUAUGUGAAUUCAUUUUUAGCUUUCUUUUCAGCAUAUAACUGUUUGAGAGAUGAAAAGAGUUCUGUGAAAGAGAUCAUCUGGAAUUCAGAUUUUAAAAAAUAUCCCUUUUUCAAAGGGAUAUUUCUGGAUUUGUCCAGAAAAUAGAAAAAUUGCUUGUGUAAUUCUUAGUCAGACUUGAUGUUUAGGGUGUUGUGUAGUCUUGCUGUUUAGUUCCAGUUUGUAUGGGAUUACUGGCAUGGAUUUUGGUGUGGUGAUAACAACUUGGCUGUUUUAUAUGAUAAAAGUGGUGCUUAACUUUUGUUUGGCACUAGGCUGUAGAAACAUGAGCAUCUUGGGAUGCCUUCCCAAGAGAAGAUGGUGUGGUUCAAGUAGUGCAAGUACCUCUUCUGAACCGAUAGUGUAUUCCAGAUAGGAACAUGAAAGACAUCCUGUAUUAGCCACCUAUCCACGUGGAGUGUUUCUUCUUAAGCAUUGUGAGUAGUAGCCUAGCUUUGUAUUUCCUAGUAUGACUGUGUAUCAUAUUCAAAUGCAAUAAUAAAGAGGAAAAAAAAAGUAGUUGAUGAUGAAAUCUGCAAUUAUGUUAUUUACUUCCCUCUGAAGUGAUAUAGAACAGGCUGGUGAUUAAUGUGGAAUUACUGUACAUAAUAUGGAAUUACUUUAUGUUUUUAAUUAGUUUCUAUGAUUAGUGAAUUUCUUAUAUGAGGUUGUAACAUUAGUGUCUCUAUUUUUCUUUGUAUGUGUCAUUAGUUCUGCUAAAUUUUUUUUUUCUAUUUCCCUCUAGGAAGCAAUUCAAGUUUUCUGCAAAGUCUGAGCAUUUAUGUUAUCUGACUGAACUGACAUCUUGACACCAAAGAUGCUAACAAGGAAGAUUAAGCUUUGGGACAUUAAUGCCCAUAUAACCUGUCGUCUGUGCAAUGGAUACCUGAUCGAUGCUACUACUGUAACAGAAUGCUUGCAUACUUUCUGUAGAAGCUGCCUAGUGAAAUAUUUGGAGGAAAACAACACCUGUCCAACCUGUAGGAUUGUUAUACAUCAGAGCCACCCAUUACAGUAUAUUGGUCAUGACAGAACAAUGCAAGAUAUUGUUUACAAACUUGUGCCAGGCCUCCAAGAAGCGGAAAUGAAAAAGCAAAGGGAGUUUUAUCACAAACUGGGCAUGGAAGUUCCAGGGGAUAUCAAAGGGGAGACAUGUUCUACAAAACAGCACCUAGAUUCUCAUCGAAAUGGUGAAACUAAAGCAGAUGAAAAUAUAAAUAAAGAAACUUCGGAGGAAAAACAGGAAGAAGAUAAUGACUACCACCGAAGUGAUGAACAGGUAAGCAUCUGCUUGGAGUGCAAUAGCAGCAAACUGCGUGGAUUGAAACGAAAAUGGAUUCGUUGCUCUGCACAAGCAACAGUCUUGCAUCUAAAGAAGUUCAUUGCCAAAAAACUCAACCUCUCUUCUUUUAAUGAGCUGGACAUAUUAUGCAAUGAAGAGAUUCUUGGCAAGGACCAUACGCUCAAGUUUGUAGUUGUUACUAGAUGGAGAUUUAAGAAAGCACCUCUACUGCUACAUUAUAGACCCAAAAUGGACUUGCUGUAAGGGAACUUAAGUGUCCUUCUGGACAGAGCUUUUUGCAGAGACUAUCAUCUGGCACCUUCUUAGUGCAUCACUAAUCACAUGACACAAACCAGCUGAAUAAUUUUGGAAGACUGGAGGGCUUUCAUAGUGGGCUGUCCUGAAUAUUUCUUCUAGGGAUGUGUUACCUAGACUUCUGGGCAGACAAUAUUUAUACUUUUUUGUAUGGAAGAAAGAAGUUUCAACUCAGCAAGACACUACCAGCAUUAAGUUUACAGAUACUGAAAACACUUCACAGUUCCAUGUAGCUCAGCCUGAUUUGUCUCUUACAGUUACACACAGAAAAAAAGUUUGAGUGUUGUGGGGUGAUAUAAAUAUGUUGCUUUUGACACCAAGUUGCUUUAGUUACUUCUCGCAUUCUAAAUCUUUAAAAACUAUAUUUUUGCAAAGUGUUAUUGUCUUAUAUAGUAUGCCUGAUUGCAUUGGCUUUAUUCAAGUUACUCUGUAGAGCAUUGAACAUACCUGAUAAUACAGUGACUGGUGAUAAUUUAUUAUGCUGCAUUGAAAACUUAAGAAAAUCUGGGAAACCAGUAAAUUUGUCAUUUUUGCCCAGUUAUUGCUCUCCCUCACCUUGUGUUUUAAUAAAGUUUUGAUACUUCUGUAUACGUGUUAAUUUGGUAAGACUAAUAGAAAUAAUUUCAGUUGAUUUUAAUGUGCUGUGAUAUAUAUUUUGCUAUGGUAUAAAUUGCACCACGUAAUGACAAGUACUCACAAGUGCUAGAUUUGUGAAUUUCUUAAAAAAUAAACAUUUCUUAUGUAUUGUGGCUUGCAGAAAUCAGUUUUUAAUUUAGAGAGAAUUUGCUAUCACUAGCUAUUGAAACAGUGGCUCUUGGACAAUUGUGGGAGUAUUGCAGAUUUUUCAUUUCACUGAUUAAAACUUACAAGCAACUUUAAAUUUCUUUAGCUGUUUUCUUACAAAACCAUAGCAUUUUCUGUACUGCAAUUCCAAACUUAUAUGGGGUGGGGAGGAAGGGGGAGUCAAGACAAGAUUAUUUUAGCACCUUUUGGCCUUAACUAGUAAUUUUGCUUGCAUCAGCCCUAAUGGAUGCAAGGCAAUACACAUGAAUCUAUGUAUGGGUACAUACAUCUGUAUACACAUAUAACUAUAUAUGUUAUAGAAAGCACCCCCAAUGGCACUUAGCAGGGCUCACUGCACUUUUUGUAAGGCUUUUGGAAAUAAUUGGCUUUUAAAAAACUGUAGUUGAAAGUGAUUUCUGCAAGCUAUAUCCACUAUGUAUCAUCCAUAGUACAAUUGUAAGAACAUUUGUCUGGCGCAGGUGUGAAGUCACUGAAAAUAGUGUAUGCCCUAUUAUGGCCAGCUGGAAAUAGUUAACCUAAUUUUUGGAAGAGUUUUCCUGUCAGCUGAAAAUGCUAGUCGCUAUUCCUAUUAUUAAACCCUGUUAUUUUUUGAUAAAUUAUCUUUUGAUAAGAAGCCCUGCUUCCUCUUGCUGUGCUCCUUUGCUGCUUCUGCUAGAAAGUGUUACUUAGUAACCAGAAGCUGAUACUGCAAGAGAUUUAUGUAAGCAUUUUAAAUAUUCUUCCUCUUGAGUUUUCAAAGCGCUACAUUCCUCAGCACAUUUCCCUUAAUUUCCCUCUCUGGAGUCUUCAGUUCUCCUUUCCCAGCUCUGCUGCUCCUUGUGCUUACCUUUGACAACAGGGCUCCUUAUUUUGAUUACAGUCACAGAUGUGAGGAGGAAGGAAACGAAAAAGAAAUUAUGUGAGCAGAGAAUGAAAAGGAUUCUCCUGAAUUGUGGAGAUGGAAAGGAGAGCCACACAAAGGCCAGACCAUGCUGCUGUCCAUACAGACGAAAGUGUUAAGAUAGCUGUAUUUGAAUGUUUAGGUCACACAGAACUCCACAUCUGGUUCUUGUGUGGUGUUUGUGUGCAUGUCUGUGAUUCGUGCAAUCAAAUUUGGCUCUGAUUUUGUCUUGCUGUUUGUGUAUUUUCAGCUUUUUUUCUGUCUUUAGUAUUAUUUGAUCUGGCAGAAAAGAACAAACAAGAUCAUGUGUCUACCAUUUUUAAAACUUUCCAUGAAAGCAGUCAAUGCAGGUGGUAUGGAUGUGUACACAGGCUGACAUACUGGGCCUCUCUGGAGCUGUUUCUUACAUGAUUGUUACUGUUCUAGUGUGAAAAAGAGUCUGGCUUUGCCACCGAGGCCCUGAGAAUGUGGACAGGACUGUAAGGGUCCCAGCUCUGUGCACACAGAGUAUACACCAAGUGGCUGUACCUGAUGUAGACAUUAAACUAAAGCUGCCAGACAGCAUUCUGGUUAACCACCUUAAUCAGAAUAUAUACAUAUAUAUAUAUAUAUAUAUAUAUA